AUGUCGCAGUAUAAGAUUGAAAGAAUUAAGUACUUGAUCCAAUAUGAGGGGUUGGAGAACAUUUGUGGGGAAUGUGGCACUUACGGAAAGACAACGGAGGACUGUGAGUGCAGACGGGAGCAGCCGGAGCUUAAUGCAGAGGAAGUCAAUAUGGUCCCAGAGACUCAGGAGCAUGAUCCUACUAAUGGAAAAGUUUUCGGGGAAUGGAUGACGGUUAAGAAGAAGGAAAGAAGGCCGAACCAACAAGGUGUUAUGGUGGGACAAAAGUCUAGAAAUGCUACGUAUAAUCCCUUCAACGUACUGCAUGGUGCGGAGACGGAGGAGAUGGAGGUAAUUAGACCCAUGCAUAAUGAGCAAAUGGCUGAUGCACGUAAAACUAGUAACCUAGAGAAGGAGGAAAGGUUGAGGGACGAUGGAGUGGGGGUAAAUAGCAAGAAUAAUAAAAAUAAAGAUACACAGAAGAAGAGAGUAGAGCAAAAGAAGAAGGAGAUGGAAGUGGCGAAGAAGCCGAGUAAGGAGCAGGUUAAAGGAUUACAAAGGGACAUUGGUCCCAAGAAGGCAGCGGGAAAUAAAGAGGCUGAGGGAGGAUUUAGUAACCAUGGCCCUGGAGCAGGUAGAACGGUUGAUAAGAAAGCUGAGCAGGUAAUGACUGUGCAAAAAGGUGCGGGGAACCUAUCCCCUCCAGGUCAUAAAUGA